CAUGUUCAAACUAGUGAGUAGUCAAUGAGUUAUCUAUAAGGUAUGGGUUCGUUAUCUUAUCAUUUAUCAUUUUGCGUAAUCACCUGUGCUACAUUUUUGAAAUCAGUGCCAAAAUAUCACAAUAAAAUAAAUGCCUAAGGCUCAUAAAAAAUAUAAUUGAUCAGUAAGGCUCUGUACUUAUUAAAAAAUCGAAAGGUAUAAAUAAUUUUACAUGCAAAUGUGAUAAAUUUGAUUUAAACUAAAUUAAAUUUAUUGACUUGAAGAGAAAAAGUAAUAAACAUUUCAAUUAUAAUUAAGUGCAAAUAUUGGUUUUCGAAUGCACCCACAAAAAAUAUACGGCUAUGUUUAAAAGUCUUACAGAGGUUAUGAAUAAAAGAGAUAGAUGUCAGAAAAUAUUAGUGUUAACAUGGAAUAGCCCGACCGCAACUUCAAACACGAUUUAACCUAUAUUAUACCUACUCUUUUAAUUUCGUAGUUUCGAACGGCAAAAAUCUCUUUGACUGGAACACAGAAAGUAAUUUUGUAGGUUUUUUUUUAAUUUUAGUAAAUUCAUUGCAAUGUAAACAUAGUUUUUGUAGUGUUGGAUUUAUUAAAUACGUUCACUAUUCCUCAUUUAAUAAAUAAAAUAUGUAAAAUGCUUGAAUUUUAAUAUGUACUGAAAAACAAAUAUUUGUGGACACGGUUCCGUGUUAAAGUUAAAACCUAUUAAUUAUAAGCUGGAAUUUGUCUGUAAUGGGUCUUCGAGUUAAGAUAUAUAAUGAGUAAUGGAUGAGGUAGAGAAAUACAAACUGCUGUUUGAGACAUGGAGACAGAAUCGGUGAGGUCCGAGUUGAGCAGCCGAUCCCGGCGCAGCUCCAGACAUAGGCACAACACGCACCGAAGCACCAGGAGUACAAAAUCACAACGGAAAGAAAGCGGUGACAACAUAAUGGCACCAUUUCAAACAAGUGUCAACAUAAACCCUGAAACAGGUAGAGAUGGCCAGGAGGUAAUAGAAGUUCAGAUUCUCCCACAAGAUGAGAACUGGGGAGAAAAUACAACUGCUGUAACUGGCAACACAUCUGAAGGUUCUCAAUCUAUGGAAGAUGUCAGUAAUUGGGCUAUGGAGUCAGAUGGUGGAUUAGGUUUUGUCUGCUCAAGAUACUUUGGGACAACUUUGGCUUUGGGAUUGACAUUUGUGGCCUUCAUCAGUCCACUAACAAUGGUAGUUUUACCAAAAAUAGGUUUCUUUCCGGGACUGAGUGAUAACAUCUUGCAACCCAGUCAACAAAUGGAGUUGCUAGCCUGCACAGCGGAAUGCAAAGGUGUUCUUUUGUCACUGGCAUUUAAACUUGUAUUAUUAGCUAUAGGAGUAUGGGCAGCAUUCCUUAGGCCACGGAAUGCCAUUUUACCAAGAAUAUUUGUUUUUCGAGCUGUAACUCUAGUGAUGAUAGCAGUAUGCACAUUUUCUUACUGGCUCUUCUACAUUGUUCAGAUAACGGAGGCAACUAAAGCAAUAGCAUUAGGUGAAGAUGCAACAGAUUACAAAGCUCUUGUUACAUAUGUAUCGAGUUUUGCAGAUACAUUGCUUUUCAUACAUUAUGUAGCAGUAAUCUUGAUAGAAAUAAGACAUUUAGAGCCGAAUUAUUAUAUUAAAAUCGUCAGAAGUCCUGAUGGAGAGAGUAGAUCAUAUGCAAUAGGCCAAUUAAGCAUCCAAAGAGCUGCCGUAUGGGUAUUACAGAGAUAUUAUACCGAGUUUCCGAUAUAUAACCCAUAUCUGGAGAAGAUACCAAUAUCGAAGAGUCAGAGAAAGGCACAAUCCAGUAUUAAAUUUUAUGAUGUCGAUGGAUCUAACACAAAUGCGGCAGGACAAACAAGAUCGACAGCCGGUUCUUGUGCCGGAAGCGGGAGUGGUCGGCGUCGGGAGUCGGUCUCCGCGCACAACGAGCGCUACCACGAGGAGGCAGAACGAGAGCGACGAGUCAGGAAGCGACGUGCCAGAUUGUUGGCGGCUGCGGAUGAUGCUUUUGCACACGUCCGAAGAGUCAGAUUGUCUGCUGCCAAUGGGGGAGCGCUGGGUCCCCGCGAGGCUGCACAGGCCGUAUUCCCUUCCCUAGCUCGGGCACUGCAAAAGUAUCUCCGGGCCACCAGGCAACAGCCCAGACACACUGCUGACUCAGUCUUAGCCCAUCUAGCUCGCUGCUUAUCCCAGGAUGCGUCACCUCGUGCUUUCCUCGAGCCAUUCCUAGUGGAAGGCCCGGUUCUGGCUGCCGACCACGAGACUCGUCCUUUGCAGCGCUGGUCGCUCAUCUCCGACGAGCUGUUAGCGCGACCUAUUGCCCACAACAUCGACUUCCAACUCCGUCAAGGUGACGUUUCAUUAAUAUGUUCUAUAAAACAGCUACCUAAAUUCAGCUUGUCUGAGGAAGUCGUUGACCCGAAGAGCAACAGGUUCGUGCUCAGGCUCAAUUCGGAGACGUCAGUUUGACAGGAGGAGUACGACGCUAGAGACGGGCUGAGGCUGGUAUGACGCUCGAUGUCUUGGCCUUUCAGGCACAUGACAUGCUCUGAGUGAUUGUCAAUGUCAUUUUGACAUUAGUUAAAUGCAGCUGAAAUUAUACCUACAUUUAUUUCAUUACGUCAAAUUAGGAGAGUAGAGAUAACGAGAAUUGUGUUUUAUGAUGGACACAUUAAAAAGUGUCCAAUCGUAAGCAACAAAUUAGCAUUUCAAAACCCACCAAAGGCGCCACCGGUGUUGCGAGUGGUGUGUGAUUUGAAUGUUGCUGUCAUAAACGGAGUGAAGCGCGUUAAGCUGAAAAUAUUUUGGUAUAAUAAAUUUUGACGUUACUUAGAAAUCACACCAAACGCUACGGUGGCGCCACCCUAGUUGGUCGUUAUUCGACGAACACUUUUUAAUACACAGAGACUGUGUUAUUUACUUCUGCUUUCCACACGUUAAAUACAUAAAAGUAUCUAGUAUUCAUAAUUCUGUAUUAGUUACAAAAGUAUUUCAUUAAAAAGACUGUCCAGACAUUCCUUCUUUAGUAGCGAUUUUAUGAGCUCUCUACAAGUUUUUCUAUACAACUUGACAAGUUAAGUGCCUGAUGUUGCUUCGACUUAGGUUAGACGAGUGGCAGCUAUUAGAAUAAUUUAGGUAUUAGUAGUUAAUUUGUUGAAAGCCCACUAGUAAGAUUUAAACAGUAGUAGAAUUAAACAUAUACCUUUAUGAAGGUAUAUUCUUAUAUGAAGCAAAUGGUUAAUUUAGUAAAGUUGAUUCUGUACAAAAUGUUACCACCUCCCACUUCAGCAAAACGAUUUCAAAUCUAAAGUCCGAAAUUCAUUAGGUCUCCUAAAAUUGAAAAUUUCAAAUUGUCAUCGAUUUUGAUGUUUAAUAGGUUAAUGAUUUAUUUUGUACAUUAAUUUUUUUAUUUGAAAUCAUGCUUUAAAUUAUCAUAUUUAAACCAUACACUUAUAAUUGUAAUUUUUUUGCAAAAGAUGGACCCAAACUUAUUUUUUGGGUGUUGGAAAUUGUUUUAUCAUUUGAAAGAUACGAUAUGCCGAUAAUACCGGCAGCUCUGAUUUACUAAGUUUUUUUUUAAACCCCAGUGUUCACUUUUUUAGUGAUGGCAACUUUGAAUUAUGCCUUUUAUUUUUGCAUAAAUGAACAGAUCGUUUUUCGCUUUAAUUAAAUUGAAGUGUAUUUAGGUAAAUUAUUUAACUAUAUUUUAUGUGCAAUUUUUAUUAUUAUUUAUUUUUGUGAAUCUCAGCAGAGUAAUUUGUGAAGUUAUGAGAUUAUUUUGGUUUUUGUUUGGUUGAAAAUUGUGCAAAGAAAAAAAAAUGGUUUCCUAUUUCAAUCAUUUCAAAUUAUUUCGCUCUCAAAUAAACAUGAUUGAAAUUAAUUAGUUUCAUAUUUUAUUGAAUAUUUUAUGGAUGAAAUAUUUUGAGCCUAGUUUGUACCGUAGUCCGCACUACAGCUGACUGAAAUGGGAACUUGUUCAUUAAGUUUGCUUUGCUUAACUUGUUAAUUAAUAAAACAUUUUCAAAGUUACAAACACAUUCACGUAUUAAUUUGUAAUCACAGGCUGUAGUGUGUAAUUCGAACAUCUGAAAUAAGAAAUUGAAUGUGCAGAGAUCAAAUCGUAAAUGUGUUUUAACGAUGGAUUAUGUUCAUAUAAAGUAUACCUGAUUUCCAUGUAUUUAACAAAUAAGGGAAUUGUAAUGAAAUAAAAAAAAGACUACAUUGCAUUUAUGAUAAAUAAUUGUCCGUUAAGUGUCAUAUAAUUUUAGAUUUAUUAAAUAUCUUAGAGUAGACAACUUUAGGUAAUAUCAAGUAUUUUAUUUUAAUUAGUAUGUAUGUUUUCUAUUGAAUACAUAUCUAAGUUAGCUAAACUUUACAGCAAUAGUCGGAAUGAAGCGACUUUUUAUGCUGCGAUCUGGAUCGAAGGCUCAUUUAGGGGACUUUAUUGCCUGAAAUUUAUCAUACUCAAGUAAUGAAUUUUUAAGUGGGUAACACUGAAUUAUUUUUGUUGCCAGAAAUUUAGGUUGCUAAGGGAAGGUUUAAGGAUUGUAUCGGUUCUGUGCUUCUGCAUCGUUAUGCAUCGUCGUCCAUGACAUGUGUCAACCAUGACACCUGUCAAGACUGCAUUUUAUCUGUAGCUUUUAAUACGUUAGAUUACUUACGAUAAAAAGUAUAGACGCGGCGUCAAUUCGAUGAAAAAUAUUUUGCCUGUGGAAAAUAAAGUUUAUUCCAUCUUUAUCAUAAAAUAGCCAUCGAAUUGAAUAUCUCAUAACAUCUCUCAAACUUGUUCGCGAGAAUGACACUAACGAUGUUAUUAGGGAUUAAAAUUAUAAAAUUUUUGAUGUGUUUAGGAAAAACAGUUUUAUGAAGAGAUAUGUAUUAUGUACGUCGCAAUUAUGACCAAAGACUGCUUGAGUUAUUAUUAUAUUAUGAUAUUAUUAACAUAUCUUAAGGUUCCGGCAUUUUAUAAGAUAGGUAUUUGAUAGUUUAUAUUCAGCUUUAGUAAUUAGCUAGGUAAGUUUUCACAUUGAUAGAGAAAAUGAGAUUAUGUGAAAAUGUUCAAAUUUUUUUGUUAUGUAAGAUUACUGAGUAGAUAGAAUUUUUGAAUGUUUUAAAAGGUUUAAUUUCGCAUUUAUUAUUAUUUAAUUAGACUUCGUUUGAGAAGUAUGCGAUAGUGGAUUUAGAUAUUAAAACAUAGUUGUUUUCAACAAACCGUAGAUUUUUAAUUUGGGUCAUAUUGCAUUUAUUUUGAUCUUAAUGGAUUUGAAUUAGAUAAGAAAAGAAUUAUUUUUCGAUUAGAAGAAUACAACAAAAGUUUUUUUUGACUUAAACCUCACCAGUAUGUUAAAUAAUACGUCAUUACGUACUGAUUUGAUUUUAAUUUUGAAAAACAUUAUUAGAUCAAUGGACUUAACUAUCAAUGGAUAUAAGUAGAAAAUUAUUAGUUUAUAAAUGUGUGACUAGUAAAAAAAUGAUAAAAUCUUUGUAUAGUUUUUUUUAUUGAAAACUGAUAAUUGUGGAAAUACCCUUAGUACGGUAAAUUUGAAGCCAGGGCCGUAAUUUAGUCUUCGAAUUGGUCGAGUAAUUAAAGGUUUUAUUCACGUUUGUAUAUGAGAGUACACGUAUAUAUCUAAUGGUAACAGUCACGAAAGAUUUUAGCCCAUUGCUCUGUAGUUAAUUAAGUUAUGAGCUAAAGUACCUUAGAAACUUUAAUGAGAAAGUUCAUAGAUAAUUUUGAAUAUUUUUCAUAGAGUGCGUCCCUGGCUAUCGAGCUACGUUGUUCGGUGUUUUUUAUCAACGCUUGUGCCUGCUUCUAGUUUUAAGGGAAAUUCUACAAAUAUUUUAUAAACAAUUAACAUGAAUUUUAAUUGUUUGGAAAAUAAAAUUCAAAAAUAAAUAUUGCAGUAUAUUAAUUAAUACUCGAAAUGACAUUAAUGUACCAAUGAAUGUAAUGUAUAAAACAAUUAUAUGUUUUCGCUUUAAUGUUGAGUCACUUAAUCUGCGUACUUAGUGCGAGUUUUGAACGUUCUCGAUAGCGUAAAAGUUAACUCUAAUUUGUAUGGAGUUGGGACAGCGCCCCUAGCGGAAAACGUAGGAAGACGAAACUUUACGCUGUCGAGAACGUUAAAAAACUCGCAAUAAGCACACUGAAGAUUGAAAAAUCAGCUCAUAAUCUUUUCAGAAUAAAUCUAGAUUACUUAAGCAUAAUAAUAUAAUAAUAUAGUCGAAAUUUAUUUGUAACCUUUGAAGCCUUCACACACACUUAAGAUAUGCGUCUUGUAUUAAAUCAUUGUUAUAAUAGAAACAUCACAGUAGUGUGCAUGAUAAAUAAUCUAAAAGUCUUGUGUGGCAAGAAUCAUUAUAUUUGGACGUGGAUUAUAUCAACCGUGUCCUUCUCUAAGACUGUUCGCUUCGUUAAAUAUAGAAGUGGUAGAUUAUUAUUUAGAGACGACAGUAUCGUCAUAAGUUUUAAUUAAGUAGUCAUAUUGGGUAAUAAAAUAACAUGUUGUUACAAUCUCAAUACAAUUUUUAUCUAUGUAGCCACGUAUCUAUGUAUGUAUAUUACAAUUUUAUUAAUAUUUUUAUGAGAAUUUAAAGGUAACUUAAACAUUUGUUUAAUACAAUAGCGGUGAUUAUAGACAAUUUUGGUUAAGGAACAUUUAAAUAUAUUCAAUACGUCUGAAAUUAUAGUGAUUUAGAAACACGAGAUAUGAGGAAAAGAAAAUUGUUCUAGGGACAUUUUUUAUGUUUAUUGAAGAAGAAAAAUAAAUGUUAUCAAUAAAAAACAGCGAAUUGGACUAUAGUAAAGCUUGUCGUCUGAUGUUAUAAUACACAUUGGCUGCCCUGUAGUGAUGUGACAAGAGAGGCCAGUUGCUGAAUGUUUUGGUCCCCAGCGGACCUACACAAAAACGCAGCCACUAGUAACUAAAUAAUGCACAAUUUCGUAAUGAAUAUUUGUAUUUUUUAAAUAAUAUACAAUUUGAAGUGAA